UUCGCGGGAUUAUUUAUGCGUCGUCCUAAGUUGUCUCUUAAUCUUGUUUGGUUAUAACUCCUCUGUGACAUAGCCGGGAGGGCCCUCGCUUAUGCGGGGGCCGAUGCGCUCGACAGGUGGUGUCGUUGCCGGGGAUGACGGCGAAUUACCGUCGUCCCUGGUGGAACGAUUGGGCAGUUGCUGCGAAUGGUCGAGUGAGAAGAUGCUUCAAAUGGUGAAGCGAUAUGGUAUGGUCGAGUACAAAGAGGAGGUGUCGGAGUUGGUGCAAGCUUCGCGCGACUGGCCGGACUUUAAGGCCAAAUUAUUGGACAAGUACCAGUUGGGGGAUCAACUGCUCGAUUUGGCGGACUUACGGAAGGUUAGUCGUCGGAAGUUUGGUACGGCCAAGCAGUUUCUUACGGAGUUUGAGCGGGUUGCGCGCUUAGUACCCGACCUUCCAGAUAAGGAUCGGUGCCUCAUCUUCCUCGAAAUGUUUUUCGAAGUUGAGCAGCGAGAACUGAUGAAGGAUAUGACCGGACGAUACGACUGGCCAAAGAUCAAGGGGAAUUUGUUGGCCGGAAGUUUCGACCAAAUGCUUUACCGUCUCCUGAAGCAGCAAAAGGAGGACCGUAAGAAGGAAGGGGUAAGCGCGGACAAGGAUCAAGCCGUUUACAAGACCCUGACUGAUUUGCGGAACAUGAUGGCAGACAUGAAGGAGGAGAGGCUAAAGCUACAGGUGAUGAUGGCCCAGACAAAAGGUGGGAAAAGGAAGGGCAAAACACCCAUUGUGGAGGAAGUGAGUGGUAGCAGCGGUGAAGAGGAAAACGAGGAGGAAGAGGAGCCGCCUCGAAAAUUGACCAAAGCAGAACGGAAGGCCCUGAACCAGAUACGAGGAGGGCAGGGCACUAGUAAGAAGCAGCGGAAGAAUGAUGGAGGGGGUGGACAAGGAAGUAAUCAGGAACAAGCGGCGCAGACCUCUCCUCAGCAACCCCAACCUCAGGCAGGAGGCCGAGGCCGAGGUCGAGGUAGAGGACAAGGCAAUGAGGGAGGUUGAGGAAAUGGGGACGGAUGAGGCAAUAGGCAGAAUUGGUUUUGCAAGU